AUAUGUUAUUUUAUAAUAUAGGAGUAAGUGACCCAGCUUUAACUGGAUAUUAUUCCUCGAGUAGUCUAAUACUUACCUUGAGGGUAGAGUGACGUAAUUAGAAAUCGGCUGUGGAACUGGGAUUAAACGAAAGCUGGAUUCCGUGGUGUGAAGUUGGAAAAAUGAAGAUCCGACGAAGUAAUCAACUACCGAAUAAUCUCCCGCAAUUACAGAAUCUGCUCAAGCGGGAUCCGCAAUCAUACAGAGAAGAUUUCCUCCAGCAAUUGCAACAUUUCCAGUCCACACUAUCGCUUUUCUUGUUGGACCCAGGCCGGAACAAUCAUGAAUUAGAAUCUGUCAUAAUGUUCCUGGCGAAUGUAGCGCACUGCUACAAGAAAGAAACUGAAGGCUUUCCAUGUCGUCUGAUGGAUGUCCUGAAAGAUCAUCAAUCUGCCAUCCACGCGGAAAUGCGACUGGCAUUUUGCAGAGCUCUGAUUUUGAUGCGAAAUAAAGGAUUAGUCCCUGCCGUACGCGUGAUGGAAACGUUCUUUCUUCUCAUGAGAAUCCAAGAUAAGAAGCUUCGUGCCUACUUGGAAGCUUUCAUUAUAAGUGACGUGAAGAAUGUAAACUCGAAGCAUCAGGAUGUGAAAAUCAACACUGUUUUGCAAAACUUCAUGUUCGGAAUGACCCGGGAAUCCAACUCAACUUCCGCCAGGAUAGCAUUGUCGAUUUUGAUGGAAUUGUACCGGAAAAACAUCUGGAAAAAUUCACGGGUUGUCAAUGUGAUUGCCGCCGCAUGUCUGAGGAAAGACGUGAAAGUAAUGGUAACAGCGAUGCAGUUCUUCCUUGGACGUGAUCCUGAUGCAAAGGGAUCAGAUCAGUCAGAUUCAGACAGUGAAAACGAAAAAUCGCAAGUGGAUUUGAAGACAGCGAAGGAAAUGAUACAUGCUGGAAAAGUGAAGAAGAAGUCGCGUAAAAUGAAGAAGCAAAUCGCAAAGAUCAAGCAAACGAUUAGCAAGACAAAAAAGAAGAAAAAGGCUCCUGGUUUCAAUUUUUCCGCGCUACACAUGAUCAGCGACCCGCAGGGUUUUGCUGAGAAACUUUUUCACCAGUUGGAGAAGUUGAAUGAGUGCUUCGAAGUGAAGUUGAUGCACUUGAAUCUUAUUUCUCGUCUUGUUGGCAUUCACGAACUACUCCUGCUUCCGUAUUACUCAUAUUUGCAAAGAUUUCUGCAGCCCCAUCAGCGAGAGGUUAUACAUCUGCUAACGUAUGGUGCUCAAGCCAUCCAUGAAAUGGUUCCACCAGAUGUCGGAGAAGCUCUGCUCAGAACGGUUGCGAACAAUUUUGUUACCGAAAGGAAUUCAUCGGAAGUUAUGGCUGUUGGCUUGAAUGCAAUCCGAGAAAUUUGUGCCCGGUGUCCGCUGGCUAUGACGGAAGAACUAUUGGGCGAUCUCGUCGAGUAUAAGUCUCACCGUGAGAAAGCAGUUGCCAUGGCUUCACGAUCUUUGCUCACCUUGUUCCGCGAAGUCAAUCCUGGAAUGCUUCGCAAAAAACAUCGAGGGCGACCAACUGAGAGCAUGCAAGAAACAGAACUUCACGAGUACGGAGCCAUGAAGGCAAAGGAUUUCGUGCCUGGAGCUGAGAUUCUAUCCGAAAAGAAAUCCAUUUCUGUUGAUGCUUCGGAGCUCGGUGAAGAUGACUCCGCCUCCGACGAAGAAUCGGAUGAUUGCGAGGAUGAGAGCUCUGAUGAAUGCGUGGAUUUGAACGAUAAAGAGGACGACGAUGAGAGCUGUGAUGGUAACGAAAGUGUUUCUGAUGAUGAAGAAGAAGGUGUUGACGAGCAGAAGGGCGAGAAGCGGAAACUGUGCGAAUCCGAAGUGGAAACAAGCGAGCAACCAGAACAGAAAGUCAUGAAGAAAGAAGAGAUGGCUGCUGCUAUCACGCUGGAUCGGAUUUUGACGCAGAAGGAUUUUAGAAAAAUCGAAUCUGCGCAAUUGGCGAAAAAGCUCAAUGCUCAAGAGAAGAAGGGUGUUUCAGCGCAGCGGGAAAAAAUGCGUGAAGCUAAACGUCUUCGCAAACGGAAGCAAGCGAAAAAACCCAUCAAAAUAGUGACAAACCCUGAGGAAGAUGAGUGGCUCGAUGUUGCCAGUGAAGAAUCUGAUUCUGACGAAGAUGCGGAUGAAUCCGGAUCAGAAGGAAGCAGCGAAGAGGAAGAAGAUGCGAGAUUGCCUGGCGUCGUACUGGUGAAGGAUAUCGAAAUGAUUCACGCGAAGAAAAACCACGACCGUGAAAGUCGCAUGGCAUCAGUGAAGGAGGGCCGCGAAGGCCGAGAGAAGUUCGGUAAAAAGUUUCAACGAAUGAACCCAACAGCGUCGACGUCGAACGUAGAAAAGUUGAAGAAUAAACCAUUUAUGAUGGUUCGACAGAAGCAUAAGCGGAAGCAAACCGCUUCUUUCCGAGAUCGACAGAUCAGACUGAGGAAUGCGCUUUUGAAGCAGAAGCGGAUGAUUGUGAAAUGAAGAAGCCGGGUGUGUUGGAAUAGUGGUCGUUGAUAGAUUUAUCGAUUUCUUUGACCGUU